AUGUUCCAACUCAAGACCUUUAUCACUCUCCUCGCUUUGGGAGGUUUCUCCGCUAUGGCUGCCCGACCACAGCAAAUGUGCCUGUCUCAGAGCACAGCGGAAUCUCUCGCCGAGAGGAUGCCUCCGUCUAUGCCUGUGCGCACAUCAACACACCAUGAAAUCAACUUCCCCUCCAACUGGGACAACAAGAUUAGUGCCAUCAAGAACAACAACAAGAAUGCCUUGAAAUGCAGAUGGUACCUGAAUCGGGACUGCCAGGGAAGCAGCUACGACGCCCAGGAGGAUCAGAAGCUCAACGAUGGAAACGGCAACUUCAAUGACUCGAUCAGCUCUUGGAAGUGUUGCCACAAGGGAGGCUGCUUCGGCAACCGUGUGGCGGGCAACAGCACUGAGAUUGAGAACAGCAACGCCGAGAUCAAGGCUCAUGUAUAA